AACAUUUCUUUGAUCAGAUCGGCGCCGGCUUUCUUUUUUUAAGUGCCUAAUUACAAUUCCAGUAAUAAAGAGGAAAGAAAGACUUGGGUUUGUUCGGGGAGGAAGGGGUUAACAGUUUCCUUUAUUUUAGGGUCUUCACAGGCUCCCCAGAUCCAGAUCCGAGUUGGCAAGUUCUACUCCUCCCCCUUUCUGGGAAGUCCGGGUGUCCCUCCUAGCCACCCACCCACUGUGUAUUCUCGCGUCUAGCGCCUUGAUUUCCCCCAACCUCUAAGCCGGAGUCUGGUGCAACUUGGCUCCACAGGGGCAAAGAGGAUUUGCCUCUUGUGAAAGCUGGCUGUGGAAUAGGAACUCUGAGUGAGCGCGGGUGGGAUGGGGUGCAGACCGGCAGAGACUCGACCUAGAGGAUCCGGGUGGAGCGCACCCACCACCGCUCCCCUACUGUACUCCAGCUCUGGAAUGCGCAGGGAGACCUACAUGGUUAGAUUGAACUGGGGGAACAACCGCCUCCCACCCCUCUGCCUGGUGGAAGUCGGAGCCAGAGGUGCUGGAGUGUGUGUGUGUGUGUGUGUGUGUGUGUGUGUGUGUGUGUGUGUGUUUUUUAAUAGCAAAUUGGGGGAUCCAUUCUGGAAAGAAUGUAUCCAGUCAACAUAGCUGUACGUCCAAAAUGCAUAAUGCCCUCCCCAAAAGAUGCAGUGGGUGUUUAUUUAUAAGUGGCUCUCCAAGUAUACGUGGCAGUGCGUUGCUGGGCAAUUUUAAUAAUUCCAGGCAUCGUUUUCCUCUGUAGACCUUGUCUGUCAUUGAUUCCCAUCUAACACUGCACACACUGAACAGGGGCUCAUAGAUAACCCAUUCUUUCUUCCUUCCCUUUUCUAAAUUCUGUUUUCCCAACCUUAAGAGAGGCGCCUGGCCGCCCGGGACGUGCGUGACGCGGCCCAGGGUACAAGGCGUAUUGUGCCGAGCUAGGCAGCUGUUCCACCUGCGGUGUCUGAAACACGCAGGACAAGAACAUAGUUCACCAGGAGCGGUGCGCCCAAAGAACAGUACGGAAAGGGAAAGGACGUGCGCCCCAGCAAGAGAAAAUGGUCGGGCGCGCUGUUAAUUCAUGCUGCGCUUUACUGUUUACUCCCCAGGAACUGGAGUACUGGGCUGCAGGGUUGAGGCUCCUCCUCUUUCCCUGGCUCCCCACUAGCGCCCCUCUCGGGUUCCCAAAGCAGAGAGCGGGGGGGUGGGAGGGAGAGAGAGAGUCUUUGGCGGAUCCCCGCCCACCAGCCCUUUAUAAUCCCGGGGUCUACGCGGCCGAGGACCCCUGGGCUGCCCUGCUCUCGGCCGCCGCCGCCGCCGCGCCCCACUCUGCUCCCCCCUCCCUGCCUCUAGAAGGGCAGGGCUUCGCCGAGGCUUGGCGGGAAAAAGAGCCGAGUGGGAGGGAUCCUGAGAGUCGCAGUAUAAAAGAAGCUUUUCGGGGCGUUUUUUCUGACUCGCUGUAGUAAUUCCAGCGAGAGACAGAGGGAGUGAGCGGGCGGGUUGGAAGAGCACAGUGAGCAGAGCCGCGCUCCGGGCGUCCUGGGAAGGCAGCUUGGGGAGUGAGAGGGGCUUUGCCUCCGGGCCUGCCGCCCCGCGCCCCAACCCUCCGGCUGACCUAGCACCAGAGAUCGCAACCCUCGCCCCAUCUGGGAAACUUUGCCCAUUGCAGCGGGAGGACACUUUUGCACUGGAACUUACAAUCUGCGAGUGAGGAUAGGACUCCCCAGGCGCCGGGGAGGAAAUUUUUGUCUAUUUGGGGACAGUGUUCUCUGCCUCUGCCCGCGAUCUGCUCCCCUGAAAGGAGCUCCUAAGCGCUCUUUGAAGGCUGGAUAUCCUUUGGGCGGUGGAAAACCCGCAGACAGCCGCCACGAUGCCCCUCAACGUGAGCUUCGCCAACAGGAACUAUGACCUCGACUACGACUCGGUGCAGCCCUAUUUCAUCUGCGACGAGGAAGAGAAUUUCUAUCACCAGCAACAGCAGAGCGAGCUGCAGCCGCCCGCGCCCAGCGAGGAUAUCUGGAAGAAAUUCGAGCUGCUGCCCACCCCGCCCCUGUCCCCCAGUCGCCGCUCGGGGCUCUGCUCUCCAUCCUAUGUUGCGGUCGCUGCGUCCUUCUCCCCAAGGGAGGACGACGACGGUGGCGGCGGCAACUUCUCCACCGCCGAUCAGCUGGAGAUGGUGACCGAGCUGCUUGGAGGAGACAUGGUGAACCAGAGCUUCAUCUGCGAUCCUGACGACGAGACCUUCAUCAAGAACAUCAUCAUCCAGGACUGUAUGUGGAGCGGCUUCUCCGCCGCCGCCAAGCUGGUCUCGGAGAAGCUGGCUUCCUACCAGGCUGCGCGCAAAGACAGCGCCAGCCCGAGCCCCGCCCGCGGGCACAGCGGCUGCUCCACCUCUAGCCUGUACCUGCAGGACCUCACCGCCGCCGCGUCCGAGUGCAUUGACCCUUCGGUGGUCUUCCCCUACCCGCUCAACGACAGCAGCUCGCCCAAGUCCUGUACCUCGUCCGACUCCACAGCCUUCUCUCCUUCCUCGGACUCGCUGCUGUCCUCCGAGUCCUCCCCACAGGCUAGCCCCGAGCCCCUAGUGCUGCAUGAGGAGACACCGCCCACCACCAGCAGCGACUCUGAGGAAGAACAAGAAGAUGAAGAAAUUGAUGUGGUGUCUGUGGAAAAGAGGCAGCCCCCUGCUAAGAGGUCCGAAUCAGGGUCAUCCCCAUCAGGAGGCCACAGCAAACCUCCACACAGCCCACUGGUCCUCAAGAGGUGCCAUGUCUCCACUCAUCAGCACAAUUAUGCAGCGUCCCCCUCCACGAGGAAGGACUAUCCAGCUGCCAAGAGGGCCAAGUUGGACAGUGGCAGGGUCCUGAAACAGAUCAGCAACAACCGCAAAUGUGCCAGCCCCAGGUCCUCAGACACCGAGGAGAACGACAAGAGGCGGACACACAACGUCUUGGAACGUCAGCGGAGAAACGAGCUCAAGCGCAGCUUUUUUGCCCUGCGUGACCAGAUCCCGGAGUUGGAAAACAAUGAAAAGGCCCCCAAGGUAGUUAUCCUCAAAAAAGCCACCGCCUACAUCCUGUCCAUCCAAGCGGAGGAACACAAGCUCAUCUCAGAAAAGGACUUACUGAGGAAGCGGCGAGAACAGUUGAAACACAAACUCGAGCAGCUUCGAAACUCUGGUGCGUGAACUGACCUCGCGCGCCGCGAGGAGGAGCUGGGAUCGCUCGUGUAUUCUCACUCCUUACUCAGGGAGAGUAAGGAGAACGGUUCCUUCUCUUAGAACUGAUGCGCUGGACUUGAAAUGCAUGCUCAAAGCCUAACCUCACAACCUUGGCUGGGGCUUUGGGACUGUAAGCUUCAGCCAUAAUGUUAACUGCCUCAAACUCUAGGCAUAAAAGAACUUUUUUUUAUGCUUCCCAUCUUUUUUCUUUUCCUUUAACAGAUUUGUAUUUAAUUGUUUUUAAGAAAAAAAAAUCUUAAAGUUUACCCACUUUUCCCAUGUACAUAGGGCCCUUAAAUGUAAAUAACUUUAAUAAAACGUUUAUAACAGUUAUACAAGAUUUUAAGACAUGUAUUAUAAACCAUAAUUUUU